AUGGAUCAAGAUCUGGCCGACUUCCGAGCCGCCGCAAACAUUUUCCCUUGUAGAGACAUCUUGUUUCACGCUUCCUCAUGCUAUACACCCAUGCAUACGUGCUUUGCUUCUGUUCUAACGCGGGCACUCAAGAUCUCGCCUGGUAAUAGAACCGUAGUUCUCGACUUUCUCGCGCCAACUUCAUGGCAACACUUGCGGCGAUUUGCAUCGACCCCCAAGAGUCAAACAUGGACUUCCCCAUCUACUAUGCGCGUGGCGCAACAACGUUCACACGGCGAUGCGACGAAUACCUCCAGGUCAAAAAUAUCAAAACCCCCCCAUGAGUCCAUUGGCGAUGUGGCUGCUUGGGUCUCCCAAUUGGAGCUCUUCGUCCCUUCUCUACUACAUGUACCCUCUUCGAUCGACCCAUCAGAUGAAGCUUCACAGGUACAUAUGCUCGACUUGGCAAGAUUCUUGAUUGAGGCGGAAGAAGAACAUCACAUUAAUAUCCUAUCAUAUCUUGGCGUGGAACAACACCGUUGGACGUCGGUAUCGCGUAUAGUAAAGAGCUUGCUCAGACAAUUACCCGCCGAUGGACACACGGUUCCUCAGCAUGACCCUUUGGGGAACAUUGCAUGGCCUUUGUAUUCAUUAGAUAAGGCGACGGGCCUUUUCCUCGGAACCAAAACAGGUGGAUUGAACGCAAAGAUCCGUCGGCCGGGUCAAGAAAUUCAAAGCCUGGAUGAUUUCACCGAUUCUUUGACCCAGGGGGUUGACGAUUGCCACAUUCGCCAUCGCUUCAUGGGGCUACUGUGGAAGAGCCUUGGUAAAUGGAUACUAAGGACUGCAGAAGAUGGAUCUGAUCCGAAGAUGAUGGUCACUGUACGGCAACUUCUGGCAGAUCUUUAUCACAUGGAUUAUAUUCCAGAACAAGUGCACAAAUCCCAUGAGAACGAAUUCCAGAGCGGACUUACACAAUCACCACUACUCCAUCUCUUCUCGUCGACAAUACUGAUAUCGCUCUCCAAUGCCAAGUGGGAAUAUCUUGCUUUGGACAAUGGCGCAAUGAGUGUUGGACCACCAAAAUAUAUCCUCGGUGUCCCAAUACCAGGAACGAGGUACAAGGCAAAGGUCGAGGGUUUGUCUGCGGGAGUCUGGUUAGAGCUGGUGCUUUGGUCUUGCGUUUAUGGUGGUUGGAUACAUGAAGCUACGGAAAUCGUUAUCGAAGCUACAUCAACGAAUGCGCCAAAGAGAUGGACACUCGCUCGCUGGCACACCAUCCUAGAAUCCGCGCAGCAACCGUCGUCGCGGCAGUUGGUCAAUGGUUCGUCCCACGACAACAUCAAGAAUAAUUUUUCUGCGGGCAGAACAAUAAGCAGCGAGGUUGUUGCCAAUCUCAUUCAUGGACUUCUCGAUACUAUUGAAUGUGAUACUGUCGCUGGGAAGCGUACAGUUGGUUCGGUGACCAGACACAUACGUGCAUUGAAGCGAGCACUGGACGAAGAUAGUCAGGGAAUGGAUGAUAUAACUUGGGACACAAUUAUCGCGCGCAUACUAGAAACUGAGAGAGAUUUGAUAAAGAAAAACCCCCGUCUGGCCCUGGAUAUAGCGACAUUGAGCCAAACACAAACGAUCGAUGACUGCCUCGACUCAUCUAUCCCUCAAGCCAAAAUAGACGACUCUUCACAUUAUAUCUCAGAACCAUCAGGCAUUACGCUAGGAAUUUAUCAUAGCGCCAUACGAAGUUUCGCUGCGGCCACCAAUGCGGCUUGGGCUAGCAAAGCGUUCAUAGAACUCGUACGGUAUAUGGAUGUGAACAAGAAACGCACUGUGGAAGCAUUCUUUCGUUCUCUGAAGACAUAUGACACGUCGAAUGACUAUCACAUCGGAAAUAAGUUUGCGAGUGCUGUAGCUGAUCCGCUCGCUACACGCUUCGAAUACAUUCCGUACUAUGUGCUCAGACCAUUACUUGAUAUUGCUACACAGGCAGGGUAUCUAGACUUCGGCAGAUGGCUCUUAACUUCGAUGGACGUUGAUGGCCCAGUCAUUGGAAGGCGUGCGUACGUUAGUAAGGAAUUGGCAGCCGCCAUCGUGCGAUUUGGUGCUGCCGCUCAAGACCGGACGCUUUUACAAGAAUUACUCCAAGUCCAAUCAGUCGUCUGGGGUGAAAAGAAAAGGCCACUGUCAAAGCCUGUACUUUCUGCAUUGCUCAUAGGUCAGGUAUCGCAACGUCGAUGGGCAUCGGUCAGAAACAUCCUGCAGGUACUAGGGGCUUCACACUCAGUCGGCAAUCCUGAUUUCAUGGCUUCAAUGGUGAAGGAGCUGAUCCUUCAUGGAACGUCCAAUCAAGAGAUGACCUCAUUACGCGAACUGAAGGACAUACUGCUGAAGUACUGUCUAGAUUCCUAUGGUACUUUAGACAAUGCUUCAAGGCAUAGUGGAAACGUUCUGUUGGCGAUCUUAGCGACUGUUGAUCCACAGUGGAAUUCUCUCGCGAAUGCUCUUUGGAGGCCCACGCCACAUCGAUUUCUGGAGACUGACAUUAAAUGCUUCAAUUCGAUCCUUGAUGGUGUUAUCCAGUCGUAUGGCGUUAUCGAAGGACAAGAGCUCAUCAACCGAUGGUGCCUCGGAAUUAAAGAGUCAUGGUUGGACAAAUCCACUCAGCCGCUACCUGAUCGACCCCUUGAAUCCAAUGCACCAAAACUGAUCAUACCUCCACGAACACCGGUAUACUUGGAGGAACAUCAGUUGCCUAUCCAAAGAAUACGCGACAGAUGGAGACCGAAUGUUCAAACGAUUCGAAUUCUCUGGCGCGCGGUACAUGACCACGCAAUAGAUACGCAAUCGACUUUUGUCGUACCACCAGAAGACAAGCAAAACAUCCUCGAUUGGUGUCGAGAAGCCCUUUAUAAACUUGGGCUUGAUCCCGAGCAUAUGACCCGAGAGAUGCAAUUGGGCUCAAGUGGCAUCCGAAUUGAGUCUGCGUGGGAUGGUGUGCAUGUGGGCAUAUCGACGGUCAACAAAGGUCGCAACGUGUACGCAAAUUAG